AUGUCCUUGCACUGGCCUAAGGCGCUGGAGCGCAUCGCCUGGCCGAUUGCAUUCGUGGCCGGCCUGCCCGCCGCCAUGGUUGCCGCCCGGAUCCUGCUCCCGGAGGGGCCAGUCGAAGUCCUCGCCUCCAGGACCCGCGACGCGGCGAUCGAGAAGGUCCGCGCGGUAGGGAAGCCGCGGAAGGCGGGCGGCAGCGGCCUGUCGAGCUACCUCUGGAACGCCCUCCUGCUCGGGGCCGCGUUCGUCAUGAUCGACGAGUACGCCGGCCUCGACAUCCUGCACACGGCCCUCGGCGCCGACAUCCUGCCCAAGACGGAGCUGCAGAGGGGGCUCCGCCGGCACAGGGCCGCGUGGAGGGAGGCCAAGGCGUCCGGGGACCCCGCGACGGUGCGGGAGACGUUCUUCCGGCUGAAGCGGGAGCGGUUCGGGCUCAUGGGCGUCAGGUACCAGGAGGAGGCCAUGAGGACGCCCUGGGACACGGGGGAGCGCAGCAGCGAGAUGCUGGACCCGCGGGACGUGCGGGUCUUCUUCCUCCUCGCCGAGGGGUCGACGAGAGUGGCGGCCAAGAUCUACAUCGCGUUCAACGCGGACCCUGGGGAGCCUGGGGUGAGGGAGAAGGUCGACAGGACCACCAGGUGGAUCCUCACCCGGCAGGUCGAGUCGAGGCUGGCCGAGGCCCGCCUGGAGAUGCCGUGCAGGCUGGAGAGGGCGUACCGGGACCGGGGCGAGGGCGAGCACCUGGUGCAGUGGGGCCGGAAUGAGGAUGGGAGCCACACUCUGGCGGAUGCUUGGGAUCGUCGGCGGACUGUCUUUGUGCCGGGGGAUGGCCAGAUCGCUGAGCUCUUGAGGGAUCUCGACAAUGCACACGACAGAGUUUCAGAACACUGGUGCAAGUUUCACGAGAAUUACAUGACCUCGUCAUCUCUUCUAGCAUACAUUGGCCUGCAUCGGCGGUUUCUUACUCAUUUCCUAGUUGACGAAUACACGUCGACGCCGGCCCUUCGCGACGCCAAAAGCAGCAAUGUCCACGACUGGGCAUGUGAUAUGGCCGGCCUGGUACAGGCUCACAGCACCGCCGAGAGUGAUCCCAACGACUCCGAUUUGGAGUAUCAACGUUCGAUCGUCUCUCCGCUUGAAGAAAUGGGCCUGAACCAAGCUCACGUCGAGGAAAAAAUACGCAUCCUCGCUGCGGUACCGCGUGGACAGUCUUGUGGCUACGUUCGGCGCAUCAUCAGACAAUGCGACUGGCAGAAGCUGGCCGAGGCCCUCCCGGAUGAUCGAAAACUUGCCAUCGACCUUUUUGAGCCACGAACGGUCUUCGAGAGCGCUUUCGACGAGAAAACGCGUUCCGCCGUCGUGAAGAGCAUCGAUAAUAUAACAGACAAAUAUUUUACCAACCUCUCCAGUCCAACCAAAUAUACACUCAGCAAGCACGCUAUCGGUGCAUCGGCAAAACACAGUUUUGCGAACGGCAGCAAUGAGCUGGUUAUCCCGAGUGGAGGCAUGGAUGAGGUCAACAGGAGCAUUCACGACAUUGGUGCAGGUGGUUUCAAAGGCUUGGGCACCGGUUUAACUCUUGGACUCGGGUCACAUACGGCGUCUUCCAGACUGAGCCGGGAUGAGAAGACUCCAUUGAUGAGCCCGAAGGACAAGGUGUAA